UGCUUCCGUCCCCCAGAUGGCUCUCAAGGACUCGCACGCCCCGUUCCCCGUCGUGACUGGCCAUGAGAUUCAUAUUCCCUGUGCUACGAUCCCAGGGUCCAAGGAGGAUGAGGCCAAGGAUGCCUCUAAAGCAUAUCUGGUACGUGCGCCCGUACUAACGACGGUCGGAAAGGGUCCAAGCAUCACUAACCUUGCCAUGUAGGCGAUGAAACUCCGCACGGAGAGCAAUGCUCUAUUUGUCAACGAUGUUACCGUCUUUCCUAGUUCAUUCCCCAUGCAUUUGCCGGCAACCCGAUACCAGGACGCGUCCGGUCAAAAUGCGGAGCAUCUGCUCCUGCAGUACGCCAUGGACAUCGAAUAUAUGGCCCCUCGUCCGGAUGGGUCCCUGGUGCAAGAAAUCUACCGUGUGCAACUCAAGUUCUUCGACCUUUCCGGCCGUCCUGCCACGACAGACACUGUCAGUGUUCGAUUGUCGUCGCAGCAGUCGGGCGAAUUGUACAUUACUCAGAUCUCCGUCGAGCCACUCCCCCACUACCAUGACGCGCACGGCGAUGGAAAUUGUGUCUGGCACGCCAAGUACUGGAACUUGAUCAUGGAAAAGUACCGUACCUGGCGCGAGAAGAAAGGACACGGCGCCCACAAAGGACCCAAGUCGCAGGAGAGUGACAACCACGAGCACAAUGAUCACCACCACCAUCCCAAGGAGCGACCAGCAACCCACGAGGGAGCCGAGGAGCGCAGACCAUUUCUCAAGGAACGGCCCACCGCACACCAGGAGGAUAAAGAGAACAGUCCAGAACUCCCCACGACGGACUCCGACAAAGCUGCGCCCGACUCCCCGUUCCGGGUGUAUGGAGUGGACAAAUCUCUGCGACCGACGGUUUUGCGUAACAAGGAUUACCGCCGGGACUUCUGGCGACUCGUGGUGCCUGCCAUCAUUCCGGGACUUUUGGGGGCCGUUGCUGGAUUGGUAGUGUGCACGAUGGGGUUGCUUCUCUGGAAGAUUGUGGCAUGCACGUGUGUCAGUAUGCAGCAGGGUCGGAGAUGUCGGAAGCGUUGCCAAAGGAAGCAAGGCGUGUUCUUAUCGGAGAAGCAACGACUGCUGCAGCAAGACGAGCUGAGUGAGGCGUAGUCCCGUUACCCUACUUAGUAUUAAGUAGGGAUGAUGGUAAUCCUGCGUGGGGGCUGAGUCGGUCGCAGAUGCACGGCGAGAUUUUUUAAUGGAUGAUGUAAAUAACAUGAGACAAGCUGAGUAAUGCACAUUAUUUGCUCCAUGUGAUAGUUUAUCGUCUUAUAUUAGGGUGUGAUACAAAGAUGUCUCCAGUAGAUGAAUUGAAAGCGGGGUUUGGGUUACUAGUUACUGGUUAGUCCGGGAAACCUGAGGCCUGCAGGAAACUAUUGGAAUAUUCCCUUGGCGACCGUCACUUUGAAGGAGAAAGAGUUAGUAGAAUGGUGGAGGUAGUAGUAGUAGUAGUAGUGGUGGUGGUGGUGAUGGAAGAAGAGCCUUCCGAUUUCCGAACUGUCUCAUCCGGU